AAAACUCAAAUCGCAAACAGACAAGUAGUAACGCACGACGAUCGUUGACGGGGGCGGUGGUGUGUGACAUAUAAAUAAAUUAAAAUAAUAUUGUUUGUUAUAUAGAAAAAAUGAUAAUAAUAUUCAGUUUAUUAGCACUUGUAGUGACGGGUUUGAUAUCGUGGACAAUAUUGUUACGUGAUUCUAAAAAAUAUAACGUGCCCGGACCAACGCCUUACCCUAUUAUUGGAAAUGGGUAUUUAUUCAUAUCCAAGUCUAGCGAUUUCCUCCCUCAACUCAGACGAUUAAUGUUAGAAUAUGGAAACGCGUACAGGGUUUUCCUCCUACACGAACCAUACAUAGUGUUGUCACAUCCAAAAUAUGUGGAGCCGCUAUUAUCUCAUUCAGAGUUGAUAGUUAAAGGAAAGUCUUAUUCAUACCUCCUGUCCUGGUUAGGGAAUGGACUACUGACAUCGACAGGACAAAGAUGGAGAAAUACAAGAAAAUUUUUGACGCCGGCCUUCCAUUUUAACAUACUCCAGAACUUUCUGCCGGUGUUUUUAAAGAAUGAGAAGAUAUUGAUAAAAAAGUUGAGAGACCACGCCGACGGGCGAGCCUUCAAUGUGUUACCGAUUAUGGCAUUGACAGCGCUCGACAAUGUUACCGAGUCAAUCAUGGGAGUAGCAGUAAACGCACAAACGAACCGUGAAUCCAAAUAUGUUAAAUCUAUAGAAACUUUAGCUAAGAUUACAUCUUCAAGAAUGCGAAACCCGUUGUUGGGUGAAGACAUCAUUUUUAACAUGCUGUCAGCUAAAAAGCAACAAGACGAAGCCGUAAAGUACGUGCACUCUGAAACAAACAAAGUUAUAAAAGCACGCCGUCAAGAAUUGAAACUGUCUAAAAUUACCAGAUUGGAAAAAAAUAAUGAUAUGGGUAUCAAAAAUAAACACGCCUUUUUGGAUCUCCUUUUGUUGGCUGAAGUGGACGGAAAACCGAUAAACGAUGAGCACGUACGAGAAGAGGUUGACACAUUCAUGUUUGAGGGUCACGACACAACUGCAUCAGGUCUCGCGUUUUCACUUUACUGUAUGUCCUUAUAUCCAAAUGUCCAAGAGAAAAUUCUGGAAGAACAGAAAACUAUACUGGGCGAUGAUUUGACUCGAGAUCCUACUUAUUCUGAAGUCCAACAAAUGAAAUAUUUGGACUGUGUGAUAAGAGAGAGUCUACGAAUUUUCCCCUCCGUACCUCUAAUUGAGAGAAUGAUUACAGAAGACUCACAAGUUGGAGAACUUAGUAUACCAAAGAAUACAUCCGUGAUAAUAAACAUUCUUGAGCUGCAAAGACAUCCCGAUCUGUACGAAGAUCCGAUGGAAUUUCGUCCAGAGAGAUUCGAGACUAUGAACGCUAAGAAUGCAUUCAGUUGGAUAGCGUUUAGUGCUGGACCGAGAAAUUGUAUAGGUCAAAAAUUCGCCAUGUUGGAAUUGAAAGCAACAUUGGCGAGUAUCGUUCAAAAAUUCCGAAUACUGCCAGCCAAUUCAGCCGAGCCCAUACUCUGCGCGGAGUUGGUAUUACGUUCGGAAAACGGCGUACGAAUAAAAUUAAUGCCGAGGAAAUCUGAAUAAUAAUGUGAUAUUGGCUUCCAUGUUAAAUAACAUAUUUUAUAAAUAAUACAUGAAGAAUCUUCAGGUCCAGCUCAUUAACAAAUAAAUAGUUUAUAAGUUAUGUUAAUAAGUUUCAAGAUAUUCGAUUUUUAUUUUUAUUUGUAAAUUAUGAAAAUUGUCAUAUUAUAUUUGUGUACAUUAUUUUCUUGUGUUUUAAUGUUAAAUAUAUUGUUGUUAUUUUGAAUUAAAAAAUUAUUGAUUAUAAAUGAAGAAUUUAAUAGAAAUGUCACGAAUAUUCGGCCAGUAUUCGCUCUCGUUUUUGGUAUUCGGUAUUCGGCCAUAUAGGGGUUACAAUUAGUCGACAUCAAAUACAAUAUUAUAAAGAAAUUACAAAUUAUUUUCUAUAAUUAUGUGUUUUCAGUGUCAAAUUACAAUACUUUAGAAAAGUAAAUUGACUUGUGUUGGAUAAAAACAAGAUUUUGAGCAUUCGUUGGCAACAAAUGUGGUUGUUCGUAAAUUAUGCUUACUUUUAAAUACCUGUCACUAUACAAGCUAUCAAAUUUCGAGCAGUUUCGAUAAUAUCUUUCGUUCGCUGAAAAAAAACACUUUUACCAUAGAACUCAUCUCCACAUCCCGUAGCCGCUUUUUUAACCCUUUUUUUAUUCAUAUUUACGAUUAGAUUCAUAGCAACUAGUAUUAAGGCAACUUGUUUUGAAGGGAUUGUUAAGCUGAGGUUCACGGUCAGCCAGAGGUUGGAAGAAAAGUACGUAACUUAUGUAUAUUACGAGUAUAAUUAAAAUUACUUAACUAAAACUUAUAACCUACACCUAAAACUACACGUUUGCUGUGAUGCUAGAAUUGAAAUACCAUCACAUUAAUUGUAUAUCCGGAAUCUUCUACUUCUUUGUGUUAUAGGUAUUUUUUACAUCGAGCCCGCAGCGACACUCGUUAUAUAUUUUAUAUAUACAACGGUGAUUGAUGCGGUAAUGUCCAUUGAAUUUUAAACAUGUUUCGAGUACGUAACAGGCGUUAGCACAAAUUCGAAAACCAGAUAUUUUUACCUUCCAUCAAAGUUGAAUCGCGGCAUCAAAUUUUUUAGUUUCGCCACACAGCGUUAUGGAAUAUUCGGUAUUCGCCCAAAUCACUGUACGUGUACUCUAUAACUUAAUUGUAUAUUUGUUCAGAAAUAUUUUAAUCUUAUAUAGAUCUUAAGAAUUGAUAAUUUCCAACUCUAUGUUUAGGAAUUUACUUGUUUUAUUUGCCAACUGGGGUGUCAAUAUAGGAAUAAUUUUCAAUGUGUUUGACAAAAGAAAAGUCCUUUUCCAAACAGCAGUUACCAAUAGCGCCAGAAACCUUUUGGAUAUUAUAACAAAUGUUUAUAAUGAUACCAUAUUAUAACACGUAACACACUUUUGUUAUUUGAAAAAUAAAAAAAAUUGUUUUGAAACAUA